AACUUUUCAUGCUUCAGUUGCCUUGACAAUGUCAGUCCUAGCUGGUAGGAGAGACUAAAACUCCUCUGAGCAACUGAAGUUUCCUUAUUCAGUUGAAGAUUGCUAUGGUGUAACUGAAGUUGUAUUUUCCUUCUCCCCCUAAUCCACUUUCCACCUCCCACCCUUGUUCUCUGAAGAACAUAGUGUAGAUUUGUUAGAAAUAGUAGUACCUUCUUUCACCCACCCCAAACUGCUACCUGUUUCUUCCUUGCUUUGGACUGUCUGAACCUCUAGAAGAUUUCACAGCAAUGCUGGACUGCAGUGACUAUGUUCUAGACUCAAGAAUGAAUAAUCCGCCAGAAACCAGUAAACCGUCUAUGGAGAGUGGAGAUGGCAACACAGGCACACAAACCAAUGGUCUGGACUUUCAGAAGCAGCCCGUGCCUGUUGGGGGAGCAAUCUCAACGGCCCAGGCCCAGGCUUUUCUGGGACAUCUCCAUCAGGUCCAGCUCGCUGGAACAAGUUUACAGGCUGCUGCUCAGUCUUUAAAUGUACAGUCUAAAUCUAAUGAAGAAUCGGGGGAUUCACAGCAGCCAAGCCAGCCUUCCCAGCAGCCUUCAGUGCAGGCAGCCAUCCCCCAGACCCAGCUGAUGCUGGCUGGAGGACAGAUAACUGGGCUUACCUUGACGCCGGCCCAGCAACAGUUACUGCUACAGCAGGCGCAGGCGCAGGCACAGCUGCUGGCCGCCGCGGUCCAACAGCACUCCGCCAGCCAACAGCACAGCGCCGCCGGGGCCACCAUCUCAGCCUCCGCCGCCACGCCCAUGACGCAGAUCCCCCUGUCGCAGCCCAUCCAGAUCUCCCAGGAUCUGCAGCAACUGCAGCAGCUUCAGCAGCAGAAUCUCAACCUGCAGCAGUUUGUGUUGGUCCAUCCAACCACCAACUUGCAGCCAGCGCAGUUUAUCAUCUCACAGACGCCCCAGGGCCAGCAGGGUCUCCUGCAAGCGCAAAAUCUUUUAACGCAACUACCUCAGCAAAGCCAAGCCAACCUCCUACAGUCGCAGCCAAGCAUCACCCUCACCUCCCAGCCAGCAACCCCGACGCGCACAAUAGCGGCAACCCCGAUUCAGACACUUCCACAGAGCCAGUCCACACCAAAGCGAAUUGAUACCCCCAGCUUGGAGGAGCCCAGUGACCUUGAGGAGCUUGAGCAGUUUGCCAAGACCUUCAAACAAAGACGAAUCAAACUCGGAUUCACUCAGGGCGAUGUUGGGCUCGCUAUGGGUAAGCUGUAUGGAAAUGACUUCAGCCAAACCACCAUCUCUCGCUUUGAAGCCUUGAACCUCAGCUUUAAGAACAUGUGCAAGCUAAAGCCACUUUUGGAGAAGUGGCUCAAUGAUGCAGAGAACCUCUCAUCUGAUUCGGGUCUCUCCAGCCCAAGUGCCCUGAAUUCUCCAGGGCUGGGAAUGGAGGGCUUGAACCGUAGGAGGAAGAAACGCACCAGCAUAGAGACCAACAUCCGUGUGGCCUUAGAGAAGAGUUUCUUGGAAAAUCAAAAGCCUACCUCGGAAGAGAUCACCAUGAUUGCUGAUCAGCUCAGUAUGGAAAAAGAGGUGAUUCGUGUUUGGUUUUGUAACCGCCGCCAGAAAGAAAAAAGGAUCAACCCACCGAGCAGUGGUGGGACCAGCAGCUCACCUAUCAAAGCAAUUUUCCCCAGUCCAACCUCACUGGUGGCAACCACGCCAAGCCUUGUGACUAGCAGUGCGGCCACGACCCUCACUGUCAACCCGGUCCUCCCACUAAGCAGCGCUGCGGUCACGAGCCUGUCUGUCACAGGCACCACAGACAGCACCUCCAACAACACUGCCACCGUGAUCUCCACCGCGCCGCCAGCUUCCUCCGCAGUCACGUCCCCCUCGCUGAGCCCCUCCCCGUCCGCCUCGGCCUCCGCCUCCGAGGCAUCCGGCGCCAGCGAGACCAGCACAACGCAGACCACCUCCACUCUGUCCUCUCCUCUCGGCACCAGCCAGGUGAUGGUGACGGCGUCAGGGUUGCAAACGGCGGCGGCCGCUGCCCUCCAAGGGGCCGCGCAGCUGCCGGCCAACGCCAGUCUCGCCGCCAUGGCCGCCGCCGCGGGACUGAGCCCAGGCCUGAUGGCGCCCUCGCAGUUCGCAGCUGGAGGUGCCUUACUCAGUCUCAAUCCAGGGACCCUGGGCGGUGCUCUCAGCCCGGCUCUCAUGAGCAACAGUACACUGGCAACUAUUCAAGCUCUCGCUUCUGGUGGCUCUCUUCCAAUAACGUCACUGGAUGCGACUGGGAACCUGGUAUUUGCCAAUGCGGGAGGAGCCCCCAACAUCGUGACUGCCCCCCUGUUCCUGAACCCUCAGAACCUCUCUCUGCUCACCAGCAACCCAGUGAGCUUGGUCUCCGCCGCCGCAGCCUCCGCAGGGAACUCUGGGCCUGUAGCCAGCCUCCACGCCACCUCCGCGUCCGCCGAGUCCAUCCAGAACUCUCUCUUCACGGUGGCCUCUGCCAGCGGGGCCGCCUCCACCACCACCACCGCCUCCAAGGCACAGUGAGCGGGGCCGCGCGGGGCCUGCCACCAGCCUUUGCCACCUGCCGCGCGAGUGGCCUGCCAGCCAGGCUGAGACUGAACAAUGUGAUUGGCUUCCUCUUGCCAUGUUUCAACAGCAAGCAAGGGAGAGAAGGGAGAAAAGGAGAAAAACGCCUACCAGAGGAAAAAAAAAAAAAAAGGAUGGAGACAGGACAACAUUUGCCUAAUUUUGUAAUAAAACACUGUCUUUUCAGGAUUGCUUCAUGGAUUGGAGAACUUUCUAACCAAAAAUUAAAAAAAAAAAAAAAACCAAAAAAAAAAAAAAAAAAAAAAAAACAUAAGUGAAAGGACUACUUAUCAUUUCCAGCAGUAAUGAUGACAAGUUAAGGUGGGUUACCAAUUCCGUUUAUGAAAGGGUUUUUUUUUUUUUCUAAAUUUCUUUUUUUUUUUAAAAAAAAAAAAAAAAUCAUUUUUAUGGGUCUGUUGUACAGGCCAGUAAGUCAUAACAAGGUGUUUAUAAUCGUAUCCAUUGUGUUGGGGGUUCCUUUCUUAACUGGUACAAUUUAGGCAGGCCUGUAUUACUGUAUCUCUAUUAUUAUUGUUGUUGUUGUUAUUGUUUUUUAUAUAUAUAUAUAGUUUGGACAUGUUUAUCUCUUGCUCCUGGAUCCUACUUCAGUGAGCUCCCACACUGUGGGGAGGGAGGGUUUGGGGGUAAGGGGAGACUUACGUUCUUAACUGCGGGGAAUGUUCUUGCUGGUUUCCUUAUCCUUGAUGACUCUUACAGAGGUGCUAGAAAAUUAUUUUCUUUUGCCACUUAUGCAAGAGGCUUGGUGCAGAAGCUGAUGGCAGUGUGUGCAAACACUCCCGCUCCACACACGCCCCCUCCCCCAUCAGGUGGUGCCUUCGGAGCACUUUUGUGUAGGAAGCAAUUCCUGCUGAACUGUAGCUCUCACUCACCCCGGAUCAUUGAAUGACCCUGAGGCCCAGAUCCUGCGGUGCACCGGGGCGGCGUCUGCCGUCCGUGGAGACGGCCGCGUGUGUCGCAGGGCAGGAUCUGGUUCCGAAGAGCAAAGACUACUGCAGACACCUGACUUGGUGGUUCUCCUGAUUCCCUGUCUCCUGAGAAAUGCUCCUACUGUUGGUGUGUUUGUUUGUUUGUUUCCAUUUUGUGAACGUUUUUCAUUCAAACUUCCUUUCAUUUACUUGGCAAAGAGCGAAUUGACUUCUUGAAAUCGGGAAGCUCCUCCCUUCUGUUGUGUUCUGAAGGAACUCCCCUAGACUGUUGCCAUCGGGUCUGUAUCCCCCAAAGAGGUGUGAUGGGAAGGGUCUGAGGCUCCCACCUUUUCCGGUGGCCGCAGACUUCCUUUUCACUGGACGACGUGUAAAUUCCUCUAACCUUAAGACUCUCCUUGCUUCCCUGACUGGAGAAUGCACUUCCUAGCUGGGCACGGGGUCUUAGAACCUUUGAAGGACUUUGAGCAGGAACUUUGCACACACCUCAAGUGUCUCCUUGGUUUAUGAGUGACGCUCCAGCUCGGUAGGUCAGAACGGCGAUACACGUCUCGCUAUACGCUGUAGAAAGUGAUUAGCUUCCGGAAUUGUUUCUAGACGAUGUAAAUGAGCCCGUCGAAAGGAAGAGUUUAUGGAAGUAGAUGAAGAGGAAUGAGGGUAACUUGGAAAUUCCAUUCCCCUUUGUGUCAGCGUACUAUUAUGAUGUUUUGUCUGUACCAAAACAUUUCCCGGACGACUGGAUCACUGCGAUGCGGCUCGUCUGAGCCCCCCCGCCCCUUAUUGGAGAUCAGGUUCCCGUUUGGUAUCUGUGGCUGCCUGCUUUUAUCUCCAGUGGCCCAAGACUGCACUUUCCCCCCUUUCGAGCUAGGGUCUGAGAGAGAGUGGACAGGUCGUUUUCGUUCUGAUUGCUCUGCUUAUAUCCCCAAGAGAGCUUGGAGUCUGUGUGUGUGUCUCUUCACGGUGUUGGGAAAGGCAGUGAUACAGAUACAGCGUGUAUUUUUGUGUGUGAUCGUCCAAGUGGGAGACAGGCACCUUAAUAUUAAAUGGCCAGAAACGGAUUUAGUCCCUUUGUUAAUUUUUCUUUUGUUGCUUCUGUCUUCCCGUUUUAUUUCACGGAGUAUUUAAUUAUCAACCUAAAUUUCCUCUUCUCACCGUUCACCUUCCCUAAAAUCCCUCCAAAAUCAGUGAACUGCAAGCAGGGAAACUAACAAAUAAUGUCCAUCCACCUUUUUUUUAAUGUGUGGUGUGUUUUUUUUUAUGUUGUCGUUUUUUUGUUUGUUUGUUUUCUUUUUUUAACUAAGCUUGAACCAAAGUCAAUUUUUAGCAAGCUGCUGUACUAAUGGACUAGUUUAUAACGUGCAUUUCAGACACAUUGAGGAGAUAGAUGCUACUGACAAUUUCUUUUUUCAUUUGUCUUUAUUUUAUAUAAAAGUUGCUGCUUGUUUUAAUCUUUUAUGUUGGUUAAUUGUAAUAUCCUCUGGGCAGACAUUAACUUGAUUUUAACUAGUGUAUUUAGUUCGGUGUGUAAAUAGAAUGGCAGUGUCGGUUACUAAUUUUUCUCCUCUCCAUCUUCUCUGAUGUUGUUCAGUUUCAUCUUGUAUCCCAACUUGACAUCUCUAACUUUAGUCUGUGCAAAUGGUUUUAGGGCUGUCACUAAUGGUAGCUGCCCAUUAUAAUGAGUCCCUCCCCUGGGAGUGGUAAGUUAGGAGGAAGGAUUCAGGGAGGGAAAUGCUGAUACCCACCGUCCCAGAUUAGAGGUUAUAGCAUUAAUUUCCCAAAACUGCUGCCAAAGGAAGUGUGGAGUCCUAAGAGACUCAAACCCAGUGGAUUAAAAGGAAGGGCAAAGAAAGGCUGUGCUUGUGUGUGUGUUUUCCUGUGUGGUUCAAAAGAUGCUCCCGCUCCUAAACAAGGUUCACCAACGGACUUUAAUGUUUUAAAGAUACUAAGCUUUAAAUGUCAGGACGAUGGGCUUCUAUUCUCUGCCCUGUGUUCUCUAGUCAGCCUGGGAUAAGGGGAUUCUGCCUUUUCGCGUGUGUGUGGAUCACUUCAUGAGGAUAAACCUUAAACCAGCAUAAAAAUCCGUGCUUAAAAGAAAGAAAUCCUUAGACAGAGGUAACAUUUAAAAAUUUUCUCGUUCUUUUCUUAUUUAAAGACAAGUUGUAAAACGAAAGGUACAUUUGUACAUGUACACAGGAAACACUAAAACAGUUUGUUGAUAGGUAUUUAGCUUAAAAUCACUCCCCACCACCAUCCCUAGACAUUUUGCUGAUCAUACGGCUUCAUGACUCAACCUUGAGUCCUUUUUGACUUUAUAUUAUAGUUAUCAUCUCAAGAAAUGCUUUUUGAAUUGAGUGAAUCUCCUAAGCUAAGGUACUCAGACUUGACUUUGAACCACCUUAUAUGGGAAAGUCUGGAAAUUAAGGGGGCCAUUGGACCAAAAAGAGGUGUUUGGUAGUUUCUGCAUUUCUAAGCGGUUGGGCCGGAUGGGUCAUCAGAACUCAUUGUCCAUUCUUCUUCUCCCCGCGGGGCGCCCGCCUCCAUGUUUAUGCAGAUUUUAUUUCCUCCCUGAAUUUGGUGAAUACAUACUAAACCAAAGACUAAUUCUGAAUGCAUUUAUAGUGAUACUAUAUUUCUGUAUUUGCCCAUGGUAAUGGGCCCUCCCCAGGGAGUGGUGAAUGUAAUUGAAUCCUGCUUAUCACAAGCAGUGCAAUUUGGUCAUGAACUUUAUUUAUACCCUGUGUGAAUCUGAAGGACAGAGCAGAAAGACCUAGAAAAGGGCUUCUUAUUGGAACAAUAUUAUUGUUCCUGAUUUAAGAAAUAAGUUGAGUGCUAUAUAUUAGUUUCAAUGUUUCUGAAUUAUAUAAGCAGCUUUUUAGAAUUAAAAAAAAUGUUCACCUCUAUUACCUGACACAAUACACGCUUCCUUUUAUUUAUCUGAUAAGAAAGACCAAUACCAUCCCAAUUCACUCAACUUAUUACUCAAGCAACGGAACCAAAGGAAUCCAACUUUCAUUUUGUGUAGGACCAUACCUAUUUGUACUUCAUGGUAGCAUUAUUAGAAGUUAACGAUCCUUUUUUUUUUUUUUUUAAGGGAAAAUAAGGUAAAUUAAAAGACUUUUUGUGAGAUGCUCAUGCUGUUUUGUUCUACAUAAUUCAUUCAUUGUUGGGGGG